UUCCUCUAUCAUAGUCGGCUAAAUAAAUUUUAUUCAUUUUCCUUUCUGCUUUUCUGUGUCUAUUGAAACAAGAAAAAUCUUCCCGAAAAAAUGGUGAUUGAAGUGAAAUUGAAAGGAUAUGAAAAUUUCCUCGAGUACAUUGGAAAAUUGGACGCCAAAGGGGAGAAUGUAAAUGUUUACUUUACCGGUGAUAAAGUUGACGGGGUAUCCUGGUGUCCAGAUUGCAAUGAUGCAGAGCCCCAUGUCCGGAAGGCUCUGUCCCUGGCUCCAGAGAACUCCUACUUUAUCUACGUGGAAGUUGGCGAUCGAGCAUUUUGGAAAGAUCUCAAGUGCCCCUUCAGAACUGAUAAGAACAUCCAUAUUAGCGUAAUCCCCUCAUUUAUUCGCUGGAAGAAUCCACAGCGUCUCGAAGGCGUUGAUCAGAUCUCCAAGGAGGAUUUGCUAGAGCUCUUCCUGACUGAUUGAAAAGAUAUUUUGCAUUAUAUUUUCAAAUGAAAGACAAAUAUAUAUAUUUUUAAGAAAAAAAAAGUCCAAGAGC